GGGCCAGGGCAGUCGCUCGCUGCUCUAUCCGCCUUUGUCCGCUCGUUUCUGGGUGUAAAAGUUUGACCUGAGCAUAGCGCGCAGAGGCAUAAUUCUACCUGGUGUCCUGGUGCUGAUAUGGACUGACCGUAACUUUCAGAUUUAAGUGGGAAGUGGGAUUAAGACUAAUUUUACAACCAUCUUGUGCACUCGGCUCCCGGACCUCGCGUCACGGACCAGACUGGACCAGGAUUUGGACCAGUUUCAUCUCUUCAUAUUGGACAAUAGACUUUUGGAAACAGAACCAGUGGGACAGUGGAUAGAGGAAACAUUCUGCUUCAGUCUCUGGAGAAGUGCCCCCCCUGCUGGUGACCCAUGCCCCUCCAGUAGAUGUGCUCUGACGCCGACUCUGCCGACGUACUCUGACGCCAGAGCCGCUGUAGCUCCGGUCCCGCCCAUAGAUCUAAGAAGUACUAGCAGCAGAAAGCUCAGAGCAACUUUGUAAUGUAACUGAAAAUCCGCUAUUUUAUACUCAUGACCGCAUAGACGCACCGCAGGCACAGUGUUUUGAUCUGCUCGGGUAAAGAAGCGACAGAUCCGAUCUCGUCAUGCUCUCGAGGCUGGCUUUGACUCUGCACCCCUGUCGUGCCGCGUCUCUGGGGCUGGUGAGAGGGGUCUCCUCGGGAUCUGUAAACAUCUCAGAGCCACUGAACUUCUGGGCUGGAGAGAGAAGAUCUAGCACACAAAAAAGCAACGUGGAAAACGUAUACGAACCAGCAACAGGACGUGUUUUGUGCCAGUUACACCAGUGUGGUCCUGAAGAUGUCAACGAAGCUGUGAAUAAUGCCAAGUCAGCUUUCAACUACUGGAGCAAAAUGUCUGGGAUGGAGAGGGCCAGGAUCUUAAUCGAAGCUGCACACAUUAUUGAGAGCAGAAGAGAGGAGAUUGCACAGAUGGAAGUUGUUAAUAAUGGAAAGUCCAUUACAGAGGCUCGUUUGGAUGUUGAUUCUGCCAGACUUUGUAUAGAAUACUAUGCUGGGUUGGCCAGCACCAUGUCAGGCCAACAUGUCCAGUUACCAGGUGGAUCCUUUGCCUACACUCGAAGAGAGCCUUUAGGGGUCUGUGCUGGCAUCGGUGCAUGGAACUAUCCCUUUCAAAUCGCUGCUUGGAAAUCCGCACCAGCUCUGGCAUGUGGAAAUGCUAUGAUCUUUAAGCCAUCCCCGGUGACGCCAGUGACAGCUGUGUUAUUAGCAGAAAUAUAUGCUCAAGCUGGAGCUCCGCAAGGGCUUUUUAACAUUGUCCAGGGUGGACAAGAGGUGGGCCGACUACUGUGCCAGCACCCUGACAUUGCUAAGGUGUCGUUUACUGGAAGUGUACCCACAGGCAAAAAGAUAAUGGAAAUGGCCUCUCAGGGGGUCAAACCUGUGACUCUUGAACUUGGAGGAAAGUCUCCAUUGCUGAUUUUUAAUGACUGUGAUCUAGAAAACGCAGUGAGAGGGGCUCUGAUGGCCAAUUUUCUCUCUCAAGGACAGGUGUGUAGCAACGGAACAAGAGUUUUUGUUCAGAAAGAUAUUGUGCCAGAGUUUGUGGAGGAGGUUGUGAGGAGGACUAAAUCAAUAGAAAUCGGUGACCCAUUGCUGGAGACUACUCGAAUGGGAGCACUGGUCAACCGACCGCACCUAAACAAAGUGUUAUCCUAUGUCAAUCAGGCAAAGAAAGAGGGAGCAAAUGUUUUGUGUGGAGGGGAAGUGUUCGUCCCAUCGGAUCCCAAACUUAAAGAUGGAUACUACAUGACUCCAUGUGUACUCGGAAUCUGCACUGAUGACAUGACGUGUGUGAAGGAGGAGAUCUUUGGUCCUGUCAUGUCUGUGCUGUCAUUUGAAACAGAAGAGGAAGUACUACAUAGAGCAAAUGAUACUAGUUUGGGCCUGGCUGCUGGAGUUUUUCUUAGGGAUGUGAGAAGAGCCCAUCGGAUAGUUGAACAUCUGAAGGCUGGUUCCUGUUUCAUCAAUAAUUACAACAUAACUCCUGUGGAAGUGCCUUUUGGAGGUUUUAAGAUGUCAGGCAUUGGGCGAGAGAACGGACAGGUCACAAUAGAGUACUACUCACAGCUAAAGACUGUUUUUGUGGAGAUGGGAGAUGUGGACAGCCUUUUCUGAAAAACAGAUUGCAAUUAGUGAACUAUUGAAACACAUUUUAGGUCUGGGAAAAUACUUGAAGUACUUGAUUUUUGUCUGAACAAUUAAGCCACUAUUUACUGUUAUGUUGAAGUAGAUGCUCUUAAUUACUAUGAUUGUAAUUUUAAAUAUUAGUGCACUAUACAACUAGCUACAUAUUUAUUUACAUAUACCGUAAAUAAUUUCACUGUAUAGAUCACCAAUCUUAAUUUUUGAAACAAAUAUUUUAUUCAAAACAUGUAGUGAAUGAUACAUGUACUCUUUUGUACAUAACAGCAAAAUGCUUGACCUCUUUUUAAACAACAUAAACAUAUUUUAUUAAAUCCUUACUUUACAAUAUAAUAAAUAUGAGAUCAAAUGUUUACAACAAAGCAAUGAUAAUUUAUCAAUAAUCACUAUAGAAACAUUUUAGAUUAUUCUUUUCCUUUUGGCCUGUGUCUUGCCCAUUGCCUUUCUCUGUGAAAAAAACAAAAACAUAGAUUUUAAUGUGGCCAUUUGUGUGCCUUUGCUAACUGCUACAGUUUUUUAUUUCUGUUUUACCUUUGCCAGAGGCUGUGUGGGCUUCUUGAACUGCGCAGACUCUAUUUUGAAUGAAGAAGAAUUAUGAACAUUGAAGUAAUACAUUUAAGAUAAACUAGAAGUACUUUUGUAUACCA